AUGUCGACAGAUUUGGUCUUUAACCAAUUUGUGGUGAAAAUGAGAGCGUGGACAGUCUCUGGAGACAAUAAACUCCUAAAAGGAUCCAAGAUGCGUCCUCCAAUGUUGAAUGAUGACUCCGAGGCAACAGUGAAAAUGAAGGUGGCUAACACAUUACGGGCUGUGGCGGGCUUGACACUUGCAACGGGAGGUUGGUUGUUAAACUUGAUUGUAUAUCUGAUUCAGGAAUUCAAUGUCAAAAGUAUAAAUGCUGCUCAGAUUUCAAACAUAAUGAGUGGCUGCAUCAAUCUAUUCCCCUUCAUUGGAGCAAUUGUUGCUGACUCUUUCGUAGGUUCUUUCCUCAUUGCCUCCAUGUCAGCCUGCAUCUCUUUGCUGGGAAUAGUUCUUUUAGCAUUGACUGCAACGCUCGAUUCCUUGAGACCACAGUCAUGUAAUGAUGGAUCAAGCUUGUGCACACCACCCACAAAACUCCAAUAUGCGGUCCUUUACACAGCUUUGGUUCUGGCAUGCAUCGGGUGUGGAGGUUCUCGCUUUAGUCUGGCAACAAUGGGAGCAAACCAAUUUGAUAAGCCCAGUGAUCAAGGGAAGUUCUUUAACUGGUAUUUCUUCACUUUUUACACUGCUUUAGCAGUAAGCAACACGGCCAUUGUCUACAUUGAGGACAACUUGAGUUGGAGAUUGGGAUUUGGCCUCAGUGCCAUUGCAAACUUCAUCGGCUUAGCAUUCUUGUUAUUGGGAAACCGUUUCUACCUUCAUGUUAAACCACAAGGGAGCCCAUUCACAGCCUUAGUUCGUGUUAUUGUAGCAACGAUAAAGAAAAGAAAGGCACCGCUCUCAUCCAAAAUCGAGGAUUACUACUACGGUCAAGAUGGAAUUGCAGAAAUAACUACACCAUAUAAAAAGAGGUUCAGGUAUCUUAAUCGUGCAGCGCUCAAAACAGAAGGAGAUGUUCAAUCUGAUGGUUCAGUAGCAAAACCAUGGAGGAUAUGCACAAUGCAACAAGUAGAAGAUCUCAGAACCCUGAUGAGAAUAUUACCAUUAUGGUCAACAGGUGUCUUCCUAAGUACCCCAAUCGCAAUCCAGUCCAGUUUGACAAUCCUCCAAGCUCUAACCAUGGACCGUAGCUUUGGUCCUCAUUUCAAAAUCCCAUCUGGAUCUAUCCUGGUGUUGGUCUUAAUCUGGGCCUCGAUCUCUCUCACCAUUAUCGAUCGUUUCUUAUGUCCCAUGUGGCAAAAGCUCACGGGUUCCUCUCCGACGUCCCUUCAACGAAUAGGGGUAGGCCACAUGUUAAACACAUUAAGCAUGGCCACGUCAGCACUAGUGGAAUCGAAGCGGCUCAAAAUAGCCCAAGCCCACCACCUCCAAGACCAGCCCAGCUCCAUAGUGCCCAUGUCCGUCUUGUGGCUAUUUCCACAACUAGCUUUGGUGGGCAUUGCAGAAGCAUUUCAUUUCCCUGGGCAAAUUGCAUUGUAUUAUCAAGAAUUUCCAACAUCACUCAAAACUACAUCAACUGCAAUGAUUUCAAUGAUCAUUGGGAUAGCUUUUUAUCUGAGCACGGCUGUGAUUGAUCUUGUUCGAAGGGUCACAGGAUGGCUACCAGACAACAUAAAUGAUGGAAGGGUUGAUAAUGUUUAUUGGUCAUUAGUUGUGGUGGGGGUGCUCAACUUUGGUUACUACUUGAUGUGUGCUUGUUCAUACAGAUACCAAAAUGUUGGGAAAGGAUCAGAAUAUGGUGGUUCUGGAAGCACUGAUAAUUAAUGCAUUUGGUUAGGCUUGAUUAAUAA